AUGCCACAGCAUCGUCUAUAUUAAAAUCAGAAAUGUCGUCCUCGCCUAAAUAUGCGAGUUCUCGAAACAGUUCCCAGUUUGCUGAUUCGAAGUUCCAUCGAGGGAAAUGGGGCGAGCAUGUAUCUGGUUUUGUUAGAUUUAAUGUAAUUGGGAAGUGGUCACUCCCAUAGGGGUUCUUGAGAACAGACCACUCCAGGUACGGAAAUAAUGAGCUGGAAGCUAUGCUCAAGUCAAUGGACGAGUACGUUUGAUGUGUAACAUUGUAGUACGUUGGUUCUUUUUUAUUCAAUAAACAUGCACCUGAAGAAAAUAGAAAGUUUUCUAUCAGGCGCCCACGUGCAUCGGAACGCGUGUCGCCCCACAGAGGGCUAUGUGCAUUUAAAUCACCAACGACUAUAUAUGGCGGAAGGAGUUCAUCGAUGAAGCUUUCAAAGUCUGUUUUAGUAAGGUGACAAGAAGGGGAGACGUACAUCGAACUAACCGUUAUUAGCUUACCAAAUAGCACAGCUCGUACUGCAACUGCCUCGAGGGGGGUUCGGAGACUUAAUUUCUGACAUGCAAUAUCCUGAUCGACUAUUAUGGCUACACCCCCCGAGGAGGAGAGUGCAUCAUCCCGGUCUUUGCGAAAAGUGGCAUAUUGCAUUAGAAAGUUCGUCUGCGUUAAUUUUAGGUGUGUCUCUUGAACACACAGCAACUUGGGAUUGUGUUUGUGUAGGAGUUCUCUAAUGUCGAUGUUAUGGAGAAGUCCGCUAACAUUCCAUUGCAGUAUUUGUGUAUCCAUUAUGCUAUAUGUGUAGGGUGCUGUGUGUUUAAGAGACUGAGAUUAGUUCACGUCUUACGAUUAUCCCCGUCUUAAGAACUGUUUCCCUAUGAAGCUUUAGCAGACAACCUGGGUACAAGUCGAGAAGCUGGAGUCUUCUCACAGGAGACGUUCGACAACAACGGAGGUGCCUGGAAAUUGCAGCAACAGCCUGUGCGCAUCUAUACAUUGCCUCCGGAGAGCAUAGAAAAUUUCAUGUUAGUUGUCAAGCGUCAUCUCCCCCUUAUCCCACCUAGAUAUAAUAUGCACUCGAGCUACCUAAAAUAAAAACAAUUACUCAUAAUGACCACUUGCCUGGUGCUUGGGGCGAGGUUUCCGGGUGCAAAUAUCACAGGAGUCCACUUCCAUUCCUACCUAGUGCUUCCGAAUUAAAAAAAAAACGCUUUAAAAUACCCUCAUGUGGCUAGCGUGCCGUUAUUGCAGUGUUUCUGUGUCCGUAUGCCACAUACAGCUCUAUCCCCGGCCUGCGCAACUCGUGUCCAUUUUGUCACGCAUGCACAGCGGCGGCGGCAAGCGGAAGCUGUCGAUAGCCGCCGCGCUAAUAGGUCUGCCCCGACUGGUGUUCCUCGACGAGCCCACUGCCGGCGUGGACGUAGUCGCCAAGACACGUAUAUUCGCUGCACUGGCUGACAUCAUGAACCACUCCGGAAUGGCGGUCGUACUCACCUCGCACAGCAUGGAAGACUGUGAGUCUGUGUGCGACCGCAUCGCCAUCAUCUCCGAAGGCCAGCUGCAAUGCCUGGGCAGCCUCCAGCGGCUGAAGGACCGCUUCGGCGGGGGCUGCACGCUCGUACUCAGGCUGGCCCCCAAGGAGCGGGUGCGUGAGAAGGAGGUGCAGAAGUCGAUACAGCAAGUCUUCGCUGGAGCCAAGCUCAAGGACUACACUGAGGGCGUGUUCAAGUUCCACCUGCUGCAGAAGCUACGCUGGAGCGAAGUAUUCGCACGCGUAAACGAGCUGCAGAGGCGUUACUCCUUCGAGCACGCAUUUGUCUCUGACUGCAGCCUGGAGGAGAUCUUCGUGGACAUCGCCAGAGGUCGUCACCAGUGCCUCACCCCGGCUCUCUCAACGGGAGGUGCCGGCAACACGCCCAAAAAUUGAUCGCCAUGCGCACAAUGUUCGCCUUUUUUUGAUAACGAAUGCUUUCUUUCAAAAACAUUCAGCAACAAUAUGCACUCAGUCGGUGAGAGCUGAAUUACCAUAAACGUAAGAACAAAAUGGAGUACCUCUGCUCUGUGUAUAGCCAUAUUAUUGGGACUAGGCUACCUGCUUUUGCUAUGACAAGUACACACUUCAUUUGCUUUUAAAAUGGCUUUCUAUGCGCCGUGAGUGUUAUGCAGAUUCAAAGUUAUACAUUCAGAUGUUACCGCCUUUAUCUUGCUUGUCCAUAUGUGCCACGCCAGUGAAAGUGAUGUCGCACUUUUCUACUUCUACGGCAGAUAUUUUUACUAAAGCUGAGGGGACAUGUGUCUAUUAAAUCGUGUACUUCGUUCUUUAAAAAAUUUCGACGACGAAUACGAUAUUCCGUAAUGCGAUAUUUGGGUGCAGUUGCACACGUGUUUUCAUUUCGCGAUUUAUUGAGGCAUCGCACCGAUGACCGCACCGACUGGCGUACAGGCGACGCGCGGCGCAAUAUAUACGCCUCGUGCACCGCCUAUAGAGGCGCCACUGAUAGCCACUUAGCGGGUGUUCCCAACAGUAGGCGCUGGAGCAUGCAGUAGCAGACGACAACCCUUUGCAGUAAAGAUGGCUGACGUUCGCGGCUGCGAUUUCUCCUUUGUUUGGGUGCCAGGCAGCUUCUUCUGCGGUGACAGCUGUAGUGCAGACGCUGACCUCUGUGGGAGCGGGUAUGAACACGAUGUUACCGGUGUUUGGGACAACAUGGUCCACAUACGCGAAAGGUGCGUCCCGCAGACAAACGCCUUGAACCCCAUUUACAUGAAGUGGAGCUCAUGUUAACUAGCCGAUCAUUUUGUUGAGUAAUGCGAUCUCUCGAUCUUUUUUUUUUUUUUUAAAUUCUACCCUUGCCGUAAUGCUGCUUCUGUACUUCAAUACGUACCCGUCGUUAGUGCAGACUUACAUCAAACAAAUCCGCACGGUGCGAUGUCUGCAUAUGCCGUUGUGAUUUUUCUGCCGAUGAAUACAUGUGACAUUGCCGAAUAAGUGCAGUCGAAGUCGCCUCGAGAAGAGUAAUUGCGAUUUUAUUGGUGGAAACGCGUAAACUGGUCAACGAAGUCACCAAACGCACGGGUUAAUAAAAGCGCAUGUUAGUGCUGUACUGCCGAUGGAAUUCUGCUGCAUACACCGAUGAACUGCCGUUCCCGCUGCAGUUCUUGCAAUUUUAAGUUCCUCAAGAGAGCUGCUUAGAAACGUCCAAAGCUAAAUUCUGACUAACUUUUCAGUUGGGGCUAGUUUACUAGCGAGAGGUGUCACAUGAUAUACUUAAAGGCAGAGCAGCGCCAUUCAAAGUAGACGAACGCUGGCGGGAAGGCCGGGUUUAGUCCUCUGCAGUGUAAGCAUAAUAAGAAAGAAUUCAGUUGAGUACAAUAUUCACAUGCAAGAAGGGACUACGUUGUGAAACAAACAAAUCGGUCGGCGUGUUAAGUCUGCUCACGCAGCAUCGAGGUGUGACGACUUCCCAAACGUGAGGCGAACUUUUCAGCAAAAGAUGGUACAAAAAUACCAUAUGCAGCAACUAUUAACAAUUCUCGGCCUGAACUACCCAUUUUCUAAACACA